CUGUACCUUCUUGGUAAACACCAUAUCCCACAAGCCCCUGAGCAGCCACGUGACGAGGGGUGUUUAUCCCGUUGGAGUCUUCGUUGCCAUGGAGACGAUGUUACACGCGCGUUAUCUGUACAGAGGAGUGAAUUGAACCUUAUCUUACACACAACUUUACUAUCAUCUGCCCCAGACAACGGAAAAGGCGAGCAACCAUAGGAGAUGGCCUGAGUAACAGAGUUUGUGCUGUUAUAUAUGCAUGAGCUACUGUAUAUUCUUUUCCAUCUGGGAGUGGGAGAGAGCUGCAUAAACAAGGAUGAACCGCUAUACCACUCUGAAGCAGCUGGGUGAUGGCACCUAUGGCAGUGUGCUUUUGGGGAGAAGAAAUGAAUCUGGAGAGCUGGUGGCCAUAAAGAGAAUGAAGAGGAAGUUCUACUCCUGGGAGGAGUGUAUAAACCUGAGAGAAGUAAAGUCACUAAAGAAACUGAAUCAUGCAAACGUGGUGAAACUAAAGGAAGUAAUCAGAGAAAAUGACCAAUUGUACUUCGUCUUUGAGUACAUGAAAGAGAAUCUCUACCAGCUAAUGAAAGACAGAAACAAGUUGUUCCCUGAGUCAGUCAUCAGGAACAUAACCUUUCAGAUAUUGCAGGGGCUAUCAUUUAUUCAUAAGCAUGGAUUUUUCCAUCGGGAUAUAAAGCCAGAGAAUCUGUUGUGUAUGGGUCCUGAACUGGUGAAAAUAGCGGACUUUGGUCUGGCCAGAGAGAUCCGUUCCCGUCCUCCCUAUACCGACUAUGUCUCCACACGAUGGUAUCGAGCUCCAGAGGUGCUUUUGAGGUCGUCUGUGUACAGCUCUCCUAUAGACAUGUGGGCAGUUGGCUGCAUUAUGGCAGAGCUCUACACCUUACGACCUCUUUUCCCUGGCAACAGUGAGGUUGAUGAGAUUUUCAAGAUCUGCCAGGUUCUUGGCACAGUAAAGAAGACAGACUGGCUGGAGGGUCAUCAGCUUGCUGCAUCAAUGAACUUCCGCUUUCCUCAGUGUGUUCCCACACCUCUAAAAACACUCAUCCCCAAUGCCAGCAAUGAGGCUCUGACCCUAAUGAAGGAUUUGCUGCAUUGGGAUCCAAAAAAGAGGCCAACUGCUGUGCAGGCACUCAGGUACCCCUAUUUUCAAGUGGGCCAGGUGCUGGGACAGCGGGCUCAAACACCUGACCUUUGUAAGUCACAGGUGAAAACUCAUCCCAGUGAAAUAAAAUCUGAGCUGCAGUCAGCCUCUGAGCCAAUUCUGCACUCUCAGACCAAGGACAAGGGAAGGAAUUCCCAUCAGCCCCUACAGCCAAUCUCCCUGCUCAUUCAGGCUUCCCACCAAGCUGAUCCUCUAACACUCAAUACACAAAAGAGGAAUAUGGGAAAUGAAAACAGCGUGAUGGGACUGAAAAGUGGGCGGAGACGUUGGGGACAGAUCAAAAUCUCUGACAGCUGGGAUGACUUAUAUCCUUCAGACACAGCUGCAUUCAACUCCAGUAAACCCAGCAUGGGAGUGGAACAAUCAAAAGACCACAAGCCUAUGUACACUUUUACCAACAUAACAAAGCUACCAGGCAGCAUCAAAUCAAACUCCAGUCUGCAAAGCACCUGCUCAGCUCGACAGCAUUACCUACGGCAAUCAAGAUACCUGCCUGGUUUGAUAAGUAAAAGCUCCUCAACAUCUAUGGAAAAGGACACCCAGAUGGACCUGUUGGACAACUGGUCAACACAUCCAAAGAAAUGGCUUGCUCCCAUGUGUCAGAAGGAUGCAGAGGACAGCAGCAUUAAUGUUUUACAUAAGCCCAGAGAAAGGAUACAAGAAAAACUUGAACAGCCUAAAGAUAACUUUAUUAGCACUACAUACAACCUCUCUGGAGGCUAUAUUACAUCUUUGCAGAAGAAGGAGGUUGGAACAGUUGGCCAGAGGGUACAGCUUACACCAAUUGAAAACCAGCAAGCACAUCUCGAAGGGUGGAAGAAAAGAUCUCAAUUAAAAGAGACAAGUUACUCAGUUAUGGGGAAAAACUCUGGCAACAUGCUCCCUCGUGCAGCUCCUGUGCAACCUGUUCAUGGUCGAGUGGACUGGGUAGCGAAGUACGGAAGCCAUCGGUAGCACAUCUACACAUAUUUAUGGCUUCAACUUUUGCUAACCAUAAUGUUUCCAUCUUCUCUAGCAGAUCGUUUUUUAGUGUAUCAAACCUCACUGUGCAAAUUGUUUUGUAGAGAAUGUAUUUUUUUUUUAAAUGAUAUUCACCCUAGAACUGGAUUUUUUUUUUGUUUACUUGAUUGCCUAUGUAAAAAUAGCUAUUGUAUUUUAGAAUUGUUCAUUCUAAACCAGAUCUUCUUUUUAAUCACAAAAACACCCAGAGGUCAUAUAGUUUCCUUGUAAAGGAGGUACAUUCAUUAUUAUUUUUUAUUAUUAAUAUUACUUGCUUAAUAUUGGGGUUCCCCAUUGUGCCACCAAAACAGCUAUGACCUGUUGUGGCAUUGACUCUACAAGACCUCUGAAGGUGUGCUGUAGUAUCUGGCACCAAGACAUUAGCAGCUGAUCUGUCCUGCAAGUUGUAAGGUGACUCCAUGGAUCAAACUUGUUUGUUUAGCACAUCCCACAGAUCUGUGAUUGGUUUGGUUCUCAAAACAUUUUUUGCAUUUAGGGUGGAUUAUCCUGCUGAAAGAGCCCACUACCAUUUGAUAAUAAAUUUGCUAUUAAGGGG